AUGGACCAGGAAGCACCAACAGUCGCCGUCGUUGGCUUAGGCGUUCUUGGCUUGGUGGCGGUCAAGAAUCUCACCGAAGAAGGCUUUAACGUGACGGGAUUUGAUCGCAAUGACUAUGUCGGAGGUCUAUGGCACUACACAGAUGAAGACAAGACAUCCGUUCUCCCAACAACGGUCAUUAACAUCUCCAAAGAGCGGGGCUGUUUUACGGAUUUCCCAUUCCCUCACGAUACGCCGAGUCACUGCACGUCCGCCCAUGUGCAGCAGUAUCUCGAAAGUUAUGUGUCGCACUUCAACCUGACCAACAGGCUGCGCCUCGGCACUACCAUCAACAUCGUGAAGCGCGACGACAAGGAGGGUAGGUGGGUGGUCGAUGUCGAAGGUUCCGGUCCGGAAUACUUCGACAAGGUCGUCGUUGCGACUGGAAUUAAUUCUCGCCCGCAUCUUCCCACGUUGGAGGGCGUCGAGCAGUUCGAGGGAGAGGUCCUGCACUCUCGCGCCUUCAAGAGACCCGAGCUCUUCAAGGGCAAGAAGGUCGUUGUCGUCGGCAUGGGCAACACCGGCGCCGACACGGCGGCAGCUCUUUGCGGAGUAGCUGACAAGGUCUACAUAUCUCACAAUCACGGCGCGCUUGUGCUGCCACGAGUCGUCGACGGGGUCCCAUUCGACCACACAAUGACGGCCCGCAAGGUUGCCAUGAUGGGCUUCCUGGAGCUCAACUUCCCCAGGUUUGCUGACUUUAUAUUCAACACCAUGAUCAAGAAGAUGCAGGACAAGGCAUUCAAUAUCCGCCCGGAGUGGAAGAUGUCUCCCGCUCCUCCCGUCAAACAUGCUGUGCCGAUCAUCUCAGACAACCUGGUGAGUCUACUCGAGGCUGGUCAGAUCCAGUCUAUUGGAGGCCUCAAGCGUGUUUCUGGUCCUAAUGAGAUCGAAUUGGACGAUGGAACGCGACUGGAGGCAGAUGCCAUCAUCUGGGCCACAGGGUACAAGACCGAGUUCACUCUCCUCGAUCGAAGCGUUGAUCCCACUCGGCACACAACACCCGCUUGGGAGUCAGCCAUCGGAUCCCGCGGCAAGCCACUUCCUCGUCUAUAUCAGAACAUUUUCUCGUUGGAUCAUCCCACAUCGAUGGCCUUCAUGGGCUGUGUGGCCUUUGCGACCGGCGCGUUCCCUCUGUACGACUUGGCCACCAUGGCUCUCGCGCAAGUCUGGAAGGGUAACGCGAGCUUGCCGUCCAUUAAGGAGAUGAACCGGUCGGUUGACAAGCAGCACUCGUUCAUCUGCAGCAUCGCCAAGGACGGCAGCGCCAUGCCAGGCUGGGUGCGUCAGGCCGAAUGGGUCAGUUGGGCAAACGAGGCGGCCGGCGCCGGCGUCAACGAGCACCUCGGAUGGGGAUUGAAGGGGUGGCAGUUCUGGUUCCAGGACAGAACCUUCUACAAGCUUCUGAUGGACGGCAUCUAUACGCCCUUUAUCUGGCGUGUCUUUGACGGGAAGCGCAAGGCGUGGGAUGGGGCGAGGGCGGAGAUUGAGAGGAUUAAUGCGGAGGUGGCGGAGCGGAACAGACUGAAGAAGACCAAGUAG